GGACUGUUAGCCCAUUUCGUGCUGGAGCACCGUAGGUCUGCCUGCCGUCGAAUACAGAAUGUGUCUUCAAGGACUCAGCACAUAGUAAUUACCAAUUUAAGCCCCAAUACUUCCUGCGGACCUUAGCAAUUUAAAAAACUACAUUUCCCAGAAACCUCAGCGAAAACGAGCCUCACCUUGCGUAACCACGUAGUCCUUCGCCGCCUUCCAACAAAAUAAUCCCUUCAUUUUUCUGAAGGUAUGGGGAAUAAUAUUUCAUUUUUCUCCUCACCGGAACACUCUUAAAAGCUGCGAUAAGAGAAGUUACCUUUGAGAAGGUGGUUAAGCGAUUAGGUAAAGGGAAAGAAAAGACAUCAAAAUAAAGUACUGCGGAGGAAUUUUUGUCAAGCUGUGAGACGGCGGAGUGAGAAGAGUGAAGGCGAUUGAGAGGGGCUCAGGGAAUUGUCCUCUGUGCCAGGGACUUUCUUUAGGCCCCAGGCCCCUGCCUGCCCCUAUCGUCAGCAGUGUCGUUUCACAGCUGCGAGUUUGAACUGAAGAAAGCAGAGUAAAAUGUAAGAAAAUAGAGGAGCAAUGUUCCUUGAACCAGUAAGGAUCCUUGCCCUAGAGCUGUUAACUAAGAGAUGGAAACCUUGAUGACUAGUUCCACCCUGCCUCCCCUUUUUGCAGAUGAAGAUGGCUCCAAGGAGAGUAAUGAUCUGGCUACAACUGGGUUAACCCACCCAGAGGGUCCGUACAGCGGUGGAGCCGCGUCAUCCACCAACAAUCCGGAAUUUGUGGAGGAUCUCACCCGAGGUCAGCUGCUUCACAACGAGCCUUCAGGUACAGCGGAAGGCAGUGAACAGCGGCACGAAGAUGAGCAAAGAAGUAAACGAGGAGGCUGGUCCAAAGGAAGAAAGAGGAAGAAACCUCUUCGAGACAGCAAUGCACCCAAGUCCCCCCUUACAGGAUAUGUUCGGUUCAUGAACGAGCGUCGAGAACAGCUUCGAGCAAAAAGACCAGAAGUCCCGUUUCCAGAAAUUACAAGGAUGUUAGGCAAUGAAUGGAGUAAACUUCCUCCUGAGGAAAAACAGCGCUACCUUGAUGAAGCAGACAGAGAUAAGGAGCGUUACAUGAAGGAACUGGAGCAGUAUCAGAAGACUGAGGCCUACAAGGUCUUCAGUAGGAAAACCCAGGACCGUCAGAAAGGCAAAUCUCACAGGCAAGAUGCAGCUCGACAGGCUACUCAUGAUCAUGAGAAAGAAGCAGAGGUAAAGGAGCGGUCUGUUUUUGACAUCCCUAUCUUCACGGAGGAAUUCCUGAACCACAGCAAAGCUCGGGAGGCGGAGCUCCGCCAGCUUCGAAAAUCCAACAUGGAGUUUGAGGAGAGGAACGCAGCGCUGCAAAAGCACGUGGAAAGCAUGCGCACAGCCGUGGAGAAGCUGGAGGUGGACGUGAUCCAGGAGCGGAGCCGCAACACGGUCUUACAGCAGCACCUGGAGACCCUGCGCCAGGUGCUGACCAGCAGCUUCGCCAGCAUGCCCUUGCCUGGAAGUGGAGAGACGCCUACAGUGGACACAAUCGACUCGUAUAUGAACAGACUGCACAGUAUUAUUUUAGCGAAUCCCCAAGACAAUGAAAACUUCAUAGCGACAGUUCGAGAAGUUGUGAGCAGGCUUGAUCGUUAGGGGAUGGGCUUAGAGCUCCAAGAUGUUCUGUAAGUGGUUUUACUUGUUUGGAAUGAGAAGCCAUCCAUGGAAAUUUGAAUUGAGUGGAGGCCCAGAGGGAGUACAGAUUACUCAGCUUGUGGAAAAACUGUCAGCUUUGAGUUAAAUGCCUUCACCCCAGGAAGCCAUAUGAGGGACCAGCAGAAGGAACAUGUACGUGAAACUUCCUAUGGAAUCGUCCUUGUGAGGCUUUGAAAGUGUCCAGCCGCUCCCCCGAGUCUCCAGUUUCCUUUCGUCUCCAUUUCUGCUCAAGUGGGUCCGCACAUGGUCUGCUGACCAGCCGCCCCCGGGACUGAUGUCUUUGCAGCAGAAAGGAAGCCUUCUCAUUGUUCGGCUUCAGAUCGGACUCUUAUCAGUGGCUUAGUGGCUUUGUCAGUGGUUUUCCUACCUAGCUGUCACUUUUUCUUAUGCCUUUGGGGGUUAUUUUUAUUGCCUUCACCCCCACCAAGUCAGACGUCUCCAUUUUCUGACCUCUGGGCUUUGUUGCCCAGCAGGGUUCUGAAGGAGAGUUUCUCUCAUUGGACAGGCCAAUCUUCUCCCAUCAUUGUCCUGCUGUGACUCAAAGAAAGGAGCUUCCUGUUGGCAGUGUCCCGUGGAGCGAGGCUGUGUUUCCUGCCCCGCACAGCGCUCAGUGGGGGAGGCUUUGUGAUGGCUGCCCUGAAGGAGGAGGCUCUUUCCUUCCUCCUCGCCACUGCCUGCUGUUUCGGAAGCAUCGCUCCUGCCCGCACCCUGCGUCCCAGCCCCAGCAAGGCUCUUCUGUUCCCAUCUGUUGGCAAUGACUUGUAGAGCAUUUUGCCCAGGAAAAGGUCAUUGGCAAACAGGAGAGAACGAGAAAAGUCGUUUCUCAUUUGGUAUCGGAAAAAAACCCGAAGUCUGUCGUAAGUGAAAACAGAGGGAAUCCCUGUCUACUUGAGGUUUGCGGGUUCGUGGGCGUGGGUGGCAGACAUGUCGUUCAGAAUAGUCGCCAGCGGACAGAACAGGGCAGGAAGAGUUCUCAUGUCUGUUGUCUUCCUCCUGUGAUCAUAGCUGCAGAAUCUGUGUCUAAGGGACAGGCUUCUUUUCCUUCUUCCCCCUUAGUAAGUGUUUUGUUUGUUUGUUUGUUUGUUUAACACCAAAGGGGAAGAGCGGUCUCCGAUUCUCACCUCAGGGUUUGGUUGUGUGGUGUUGUGGUUUGAUUCUCUAGAGCACAAGGCUGACGGUUGCAGCUGAGAUCUUUGGAACCAAAGCAGGGCGUGCUGAGCCCAUUGCCUCGGCACCACUCCACCGAGGGCGGGUGGCAGUGUGGCCCCCUCGCAGUAUGCUCACAGGCCAGGGUGCGAGCCGGAAACCCCCUCAUGUUGCUGCACCAUCCUGUCUUCCCAGCAUCUCCUUCCCCAGUUUCUUUCUUAGCCCAAAGGAAAUAAAACAACAACAACAACAAUAAAAAAACAACCGUUUUAAAAUGUCUCACAUGAGCACACUUCAAAUUUCCAGGUACUGAAACCCACAAACCACCGCUUGGCAAUCUUUUGGAAUAAGAGCCCCUCAUUAUCUGUUGUGGUAAAUCUGGCCGCCUCACCUGCUUCUCUGUAUUUUCCUGUUUUCCUGUUCUCACCUGCUGUUCUGCCACUUCUCUCCCAGUCCCGCCUGCUAAGUCCCGAGCUGACACACACUGUCUAUGGCAGAAGGACAUCCGAGCCUGCUCUGGAAGUUUGUGUCUGCCUUCUGCCAAAUACUUUCUCUCCUUUCUUUCUUCCUCCUAGUGUUUCUCUCUGUUUCUCAUUUGUGUUAGUGUUGUGCAGCCCUGUUAGCAUUAUGGAGACCAGGAAAGGCUAUAACUUGGUCCAAAGAUCAUCACCUUCCUGACUCUAGAUAGGAUAUCUGACAAUGACUUGAAACACCUGCGUGUUCAGGAAUGCACAAGAUCUUGAAAGAGCCUACAGUCUGGUUAUCAUUUUCACAGAAUAACAGGCUGCUUUUGACAUGCCAGCUCUCCCAGUAGCUACACACCUGACUCACUGCUGGCUGGGAUUCAACUGCCACAAAACUGUCAGGCUCUGUGGAGCAGGUCUGCAUCACCUCCCCUCUCCUCUGUGCCCAGCCAAGAGGUAGCUAAUGAGGUCACAGACUAACACGAUAUACUUCACAGUAAACUUGUAGAUAUUGAACGUACAUGUUCUUCUCAAGAAAUACGUUGUUGCCUAUUCAGUGUUACGGAUUUCUUUCUUCUUAUUAAAACAUAAGGAGCAGCUGAGGAAAAUGAGACAAAAUGUUUUAUUUCUGACAAAAUAAAAUUUUAGGGAAAAAAUUGUGCACAUGUGUUUGGAACUGUUGAAAUGCCAAGUUUUCUGUACAAGUGUUUUUGUAAUUAAACUUCUAGAUUUUCUUUGUUUUUUAAGAAGUUGAUAUGCUUGCUUGACAUUUGCCUCAUUAAAACUUUUCUAUGUUGAAUCCA